AUGUCGAAUAUUCAAAUGCAAAGAUUUAAUAUUUACAAUCUUCUAACCUUUAAUUAUGCUGUUAUAAAUUCAAUUAUUCCAUUUAUUUUCUUUUCACCAUCAAAUACAAGAAUACAACGUCAACCAAGACCUAAAACCAAUGGAUUCUGGACAGAUGUUUUUCCAGUUUUAGUAGAUGGAAAUGGUUAUAAUUCUUUUCAAAAACAUUUUCGCAUCACCCUUACUACUUUUCGUACUAUUGUAAUUCGGCUAGAAACCCAUCCAGCCUUUAUUUUAAAUUCAUCUAAUGCAAUACCUAUAUGGAAACAAAUUGCUAUUGUAUUAUGGCGAUUGGCAAAUGGAGUAGGAAUACGAGUAUUAGAGCAAACACUUGGAGUAAGUCAAGGAUUUGUAAGAUCACAAUUGAUAAAAGUAAUACAAGGGUUUGAGCAUGGAGAAUCUGGUUUGGAAAAUCGCAAACUACCCAAUGUUAUUGGUGUAAUGGAUGGGACACAUAUAUCUAUUCAUCCACCUUCUAAAAAUGGUGCACGUUAUAUAAAUCGUAAAAUUUUUCAUUCCAUUAAUCUUCUUGGAGUUGUUGAUCAUCGAGAGCGCUUUACUUAUAUAUAUGUUGGAGAAGCAGGGAGUGUACAUGAUGCUCGAGUAUUUUAUCGUUCAUCUCUUUAUCAUGAAAUUUCUUUACAUCCUGAACAAUGGGUUCCAGGUGGAACUUAUAUUAUUGCUGAUGCAGCAUAUCCUCUUCGAACAUAUUUAAUGAAAGCAUUUCCUGAUUAUUAUAUGUUAAAUCAUAGAGAACGACAUUUUAAUAAAGUUCUUUCUUCAAUGCGGAUGGUUAUUGAAUGA